AUGCCUGGCAAGAUUUCUCCUCCAGCCGGCACACCAUCCAAUAUUGGCGGUCCUAAGGCCAAGGGCCGCAAGUGGCAACCUCUCGAUCUGAACACAAUUCCUAAUCCUUCCACAAAGUAUGUAAACCGCACGAAGUCCUCCGACUGGUCCACCGACACCAAGAAAUCGGAUGCCCCUGCCGGUCCAUUCAACAAGAUUCGUCAGAACCAAGGCAGUAAUGCCGGUCGUGGUAUGGCUCGUCAACCAGCAGGUGACCGUCAAGUCGGUGAAAUCCCUAUAGCUAUGAAUCACCUCUCCAUGACUGCAGGUGGGACCGCUGGAGCUCGUGUAGCUAAGCCACAAGGUGAACCACUGAAGUCCUUCACUCUUUUCACAAAGUUACCCUUUGAGCUUCGUAUCAAAAUUUGGAGACGAAGUUUUCCCACGGGUCGAGUUCUCCAGGUCAUCUUUGAUGGUGCCGACUCGGACGACAAGGUAUCGCACUACCGCUACCGACUCGCCCCCCCGCUCUUAGCGGAGGCUAAUCGGUUCUGGACCCUCGUCAAUUUCUCCACCAAUCCCAAAUUCAAGAGCGCUGAUUCCGAGUUUGAAAAGAUUAUGACAUAUUUCAAUCAUAAAGAGGACAUCAUCCUCUUCGCCGAAAACACUUGCAUGAACACCAUCGUUCGCUUCAUCAAAGAUCAACAUGACCAUGAGGUCAACAUCCAGCGAUUGGCUAUCCUGACGAGCGGUCAAGUCACCAACUGCCACACAUGGAAUGUCGAUGAUCCUGUCCACGGACCUGACCAAGAAACCUGUGCCAUGGGAGAAGCAAUCGCCGGCGGCUGCUCUGUUAUGCAAGCACUUCACGGUAGACAUGAAGAGGUAGCUUGGAACGAGUUGGCCCCCGGUGUUAAGGGUCUCAAGGAAGUCUUCUUCGUCGUCCCCACCCACCUGCUUCCGCGCUCCAUGGCAGGAAAGAUUGACGAAUCCAUGGGCUUCAUCCCCGCCCGCGGCGAUGGCAUGACCCCAGGUCAGGUUCGAGUCAAGAAGUCGAUUGAGAAGGAGGUUGAAUUGGUCAAUGCUGGCUCUGUUCUUCCGAAUUGCUCCCUCGAAGAUGAGAUGAACAACUGGGAGGGAGGAAAUAAGCCUGACUUCCAGUUCGUUUCACUUGUCCCAAAGGCCGCUGAGGGAAAGAAGUUCGAUACCAUGAUGAUCUCGGUCAAAGAUCUUCCCAAGCUCAACGGAAACUGCUGGGCUUUCAUGGAGAGGGUGGAGAGAUCGACCAAGUGUCAUCUCAAGAUCCCCGAGCAAGAGUUUGGCGGUCAGGAAAUGCGGGAGAUUGGCUUCUAUGGCACGGAGGCUGCUAUCGAGAAGGCGUACGAGAUGAUCAUUGAGCGAUUGGUGUACCUUUCUGGAGACAAGUGGAACCCACCAAAGUACCCAAAGUUCAAGCAAGGCUACCGCACGGCUGAGGAUCUGGGCAUCGACUUUUUCCAUCCCCAAGCUGCUGCGUCCAAGUACUGA